AAAACUCUCAUUAUUUGUCCAUCGUAAUUCUAGCCUUCUUGCUCUCUAGGAAGAUAGAGGCAGGAAUGGAUUUGUGUGUGUGUGUGUGUGUGUAUGUGUGCGCGUGCAUGCACGCGCGCAGGUGCAUGUGUAUGUGCACAUGUGCAUGUUUUGGUGGAAGUUGGAUUAAAGGGACCAAUAGUCUUGGAAGGCAGUCACAAGGUGGCUUGCAGGGAUAUGUAAGGGAGGCAGUUGUGAUGAAAGAAGGGAGGAUAGUUUGAAUGUAAGAUCAUGUACAAAAGCUUUAGGUUUACCAGUAGCUUAGAAGCUACCUUUCCAUUUUCCUGAAGAGUAAGAUACACAGGAAGUUUGAUCCAGAUCUUCCAUCUCUAGUAGCUCUUCUCUAAUUUUAGGGGUAAGAUUCAAUGGGAUGGUAGGCUUUUCAACUCUCCUAUAGAAGGCUGCUUUGUUACAAAACUGGAGGGUAAGUUUGCAGAAAGAGAAGCUCUAUUUUUAGUUCUAAUUGAUAUUGGGUGGUUCAGGGCUCUUUUGAGGAUCGAGUCUGGAAGGCAACAAAAUGAGAGCCAGCAUGGUGAAGGGACUUUCAAAGUCAGACAGACUUGAGUUUAAACUCUGUCAUUUAAUAGCAAGCUGUAAGACCUUGGACAAGUCACUUCUUGAAACUUAAAUUCUUUAUCUGUAAGGUAGAGGUAACAUUAUCUUCUUAUUGUCUUAUAUAAAAUAUAAAGCAUGGUGCUCAGGGUUGGUAAAUACUCUACAGAUGUUUUUUUCCUAUCUUCUAGAACAUCUUAUUUUUAGUAGAAUCCUUGCUUUUCUGCUAAAUAAUUGUGUGACUCACCCUUUCUAAGUUUUAGUUUCCUUCCGUAAAACAAGGACAUUUAACUGAAGGUUGAGUAUCCCUUAUCUGAAAUCCCUGGGACCAGAAGUGUUUUAGAUUUCAGAUUUUUUAAAAAAAAUAUUUGCAUGUAUAUAGUGACAUGUCUUGGGAUAAGACCCAAGUCUAAACAUGAAAUUCAUUUAUGUUUCCUAUACACCUUAUACAUAUAGCCUGAAGGUAAUUUUAUUUUUCCCCAGGGGACAUUGAAUAAACCUGAGUAUUGUGUGCCUGUAUUUUGACUGUGACCUAUCACAUGAGAUCAGGUCAAGAGACAACUGCCUUUGAAAGAUAGUGAGUGACUGUUUCCAAAACAGCAAGCAUAGGGAGAGCCGCCCGAAGUACUGACGGAAAGCUUGAAUUACCUACAUGAUUGAUGAUGGUCUCCAGCUGUCAAAGAAGAUUGUGGUUGCCAAGAGAAAGGUAACCAUUUCUCAUCCCCUUGAGUGGAAUUGGAUGCCUCUAGGAGCCCACAUUGGCUGGCAGUAGACAUGGCCGAAUUUACAAGCUACAAGGAGACGGCCUCCAGCCGCCACUUGCGGUUUAAGCUACAGAGUCUAAGCCGCCGCCUUGAUGAGUUGGAGGAAGCCACAAAAAACCUCCAGAAAGCAGAGGAUGAGCUCCUGGAUCUCCAGGACAAGGUGAUUCAGGCGGAAGGUAGCAACUCCAGCAUGUUGGCGGAGAUUGAAGUGCUGCGCCAGCGGGUGCUGAGAAUUGAAGGCAAAGACGAGGAAAUUAAGAGAGCAGAGGAUCUGUGUCGUCUGAUGAAGGAGAAACUUGAAGAGGAAGAAAACCUCACCCGGGAGCUGAAAUCUGAGAUUGAGCGGCUUCAGAAACGAAUGGCUGAAUUAGAGAAGCUAGAAGAGGCCUUCAGCAGGAGUAAGAAUGACUGUACCCAGCUGUGUCUGAGCCUGAAUGAGGAGAGAAAUCUGACCAAGAAAAUCUCCUCUGAGCUGGAAAUGCUCAGAGUCAAAGUGAAAGAACUAGAAUCUUCUGAGGACCGCCUGGAUAAAACUGAGCAGAGUUUAGCGUCAGAGUUAGAAAAGCUGAAAUCAUUAACGCUGAGCUUUGUAAGUGAGAGAAAAUACUUGAAUGAAAAGGAGAAAGAAAAUGAGAAAUUGAUAAAAGAACUCACUCAAAAACUAGAGCAGAACAAAAAAAUGAACCGAGAUUAUACAAGGAAUGCUUCUAAUCUGGAAAGAAAUGACCUACGGAUUGAGGAUGGCAUCUCUUCCACACUGCCGUCCAAAGAAUCAAGAAGGAAGGGUGGUCUGGACUACCUAAAGCAGGUAGAGAAUGAAACAAGAAACAAAUCAGAAAAUGAAAAGAACCGCAAUCAGGAAGACAACAAAGUCAAAGACCUUAACCAAGAGAUUGAGAAACUUAAGACGCAAAUCAAACACUUUGAGUCGCUGGAAGAAGAGCUUAAGAAAAUGAAGGCCAAAAAUAACGACCUUCAGGAUAAUUACCUAAGUGAACAAAAUAAAAACAAAUUAUUAGCCAGCCAACUGGAGGAGAUAAAGCUACAAAUCAAGAAACAGAAAGAGUUAGAAAACGGCGAGGUAGAAGGGGAAGAUGCUUUCCUGUCCAGCAAAGGCAGACAUGAGAGGACUAAGUUUAGAGGCCACGGAAGUGAGGCUUCUAUGUCCAAGCACACAGCGCGGGAACUGUCUCCUCAGCAUAAGCGGGAACGACUCCGGAACAGGGAGUUUGCUCUCAACAAUGAAAACUAUUCUCUGAGCAACAGGCAGGUUUCUUCUCCCAGUUUCACCAACAGGAGGGCAGCAAAAGCUUCUCACAUGGGGGUGAGUACAGACAGUGGGACUCAGGAGACAAAGAAAACUGAGGACCGAUUUGUACCCGGAUCCUCCCAGAGCGAAGGGAAGAAGUCUAGGGAGCAGCCCUCAGUGCUGAGUCGCUACCCCCCAGCUGCUCAGGAGCACAGUAAAGCGUGGAAGGGGACUCCCAAGCCAGGCACCGAGAGCGGACUGAAGGGAAAAGUGGAGAAGACAACACGAACGUUUAGUGACACCACCCAUGGAUCUGUUCCCAGUGACCCAUUGGGUAGAGCUGACAAGGCUUCUGACACCUCCUCUGAGACUGUCUUUGGCAAGAGGGGACAUGUGCCUGGCAACGGAAGUCAAGUAACUCAGGCUGCAAACUCUGGCUGUUCUAAGGCCACUGGAGCUCUGGCCUCAUCUCGAAGAUCCUCCUCAGAAGGGCUCUCUAAAGGCAAAAAGGCUGCUAAUGGCCUUGAGGCUGAUACCAGUUCCCUGAAUUCCAAGGCUCCUGUUUUAUUGAAGUAUCCUUAUAGCUCUAGAAGCCAAGAGAACAUCCUGCAGGUAUUUUCAACCUCACAUAAAGAAGGGGUUAAUCAACCUGCAGCAGUCGUGAUGGAAGACAGCAGUCAGCAUGAAGCCUUGAGGUGUCGAGUCAUCAAAUCCAGUGGCAGAGAGAAGCCAGACUCAGAUGAUGACUUGGACAUAGCAUCUCUUGUUACUGCCAAGUUGGUAAAUACAACCAUCACUCCAGAGCCAGAGCCCAAACCACAGCCUAACUCUAGAGAAAAGGCCAAAACCCGAGGGGCACCUAGAACCUCCCUAUUUGAGAAUGAUAAAGAUGCUGGAAUGGAGAAUGAAUCUGUGAAAUCUGUCAGAGCCUCCACCAAUGCCAUGGAGCUCCCAGAUACCAAUGGUGCUGGGGUAAAAAGCCAAAGGCCCUUUAGCCCCAGAGAGGCGUUGCGGUCGAGAGCCAUCAUCAAACCUGUUAUUGUUGAUAAGGAUGUGAAAAAAAUCAUGGGAGGAUCUGGAACAGAGACUACAUUGGAGAAACAGAAACCCGUCUCUAAACCAGGGCCAAACAAAGUGACAAGUAGCAUUACUAUCUAUCCGUCUGACAGCAGCAGCCCCAGAGCUGCUCCGGGUGAGACCCUGAGGGAGAGGCACACAUCCACCAGCAAUAUCCAGGUGGGGCUGGCAGAGCUCACAUCAGUUAGCAACCAUGUCAACUCCCCUUUUGAGCUCUCCAUUCACAAACAUGACAUCACCCUGCAGCUUGCAGAAGCGGAGAGAAUGGCAGAUGGGCCCCUGAAGAACAGGCCAGAAACAGUGGUCUCUCGGAGCAGUAUUAUAAUCAAGCCAUCGGAUCCUGUGGAGAGGAAUAGCCAUGCACCUCCAGCGGAGACAAUCAGGUGGAAAAGCCAUAGUGCCCCUUCAGAAGUGGGCUCCUCAGAUGCCAGACAUGUUACUGUGCGGAAUGCCUGGAAGAGUAGGCGAGACUUGAAAUCUUUAGAAGACCCCCCAACUCGAAUAGGUAAAAACAUGGAAUCUACCAAUAACAAUGCCUACACCCAGAGGUCUUCCACAGACUUCUCAGAACUUGAACAGCCCAGAUCCUACCUUUUUGAGCAGGGCACUCGAAGGGUAGGACCAAGUUCAGGGGAUGCCCCUGAGCCCUCCUCCAGAAGGACCCAAAGUAGCCUCACUGUGUCAGAGGUGCUUACCCGUCGGAAUCGGGUGGGAGACACCAUCACUGUCACAGCCUGGAACCACUCAGCAAGCAUGGAGGAAGAAGGGGAAGACUGUACACUCAGUGUCUACAGGCAACUGCACAACUCCCUGGAUCCGUCUGAACUGCCUGGGAAGCAGGGGCUGCCAGAGCCUGGGCGAGUACGGGUUGAGGAACGAUUACGGCCAACCAGGCCCUGUGCUGAGGAGAACUGAGCCUGCUGGGUGUCUGUUGUCUGCCCUCUGCUCCUGCUUCUCAGCUAUUCCACCGUCCUGCCCCACGAAGGAUCCAAGGCCAGUUAACCAGGCAAGACACAAGCCUUGGCUGGAAAACUGUGGUAGACCCGGGCUGUGGCUCAGGUAAUUUUUGCCAUUUGGCCAGAGGGAAUCAGAGACUACAAGCUGGACAGUCACCCAGGCCCAACCUUCCCCAUUGCACGAGUCUUCUCUCUCUCCUUGUCCCUGUCCACCAAGUAGUUGGACCAUUCUCGCCCCCAAACAGGGGAAGAUAAGGUCUCCACCACACAGCAGGAGUCAAAAAUUCUUCUCAGCUCCUUGGUGGGUUGUUUCUGGAUCCUAGCGCAGCCUCUGUCUGUGUGGUUAAUAUUCUGGUUUCUCAGUCUCCUCGCUAUAUCCACUUCACUCCUCAUUUGAUUUACCAGCCAUCAGCUCCAUCUAGGGGGCUUUCAUUUCUUUCCCCUUGGAGUUCUUUUCCUCAGACUUAAAGCAGAAAGGGGUCUGUGCUGCCUCUGAGGGAUUAUGAGACUACCCUUUAGGUUGAAGUUUGACCUGGCUCCUGGCUCACCAGUCUCCUGGAAGCAGAGCAUGCAGAUACCCAUGCGGAUACCCAUUGGAAUGACAUCAUCCCUCCCCAACACCAGCUCUCUUUGCUCACCUUUCAAAGGCACCUGGAGGUGCAAGCCUCAUGCAUCUCCUUUCCUGAGCACCAGUAAUGCUGCUGGCAUCGCCUGCUCUCUCUCCGGUGGCUAGAGACUUCAGGCUGACUUCAUUGUUUCCACCUUGGGAAAAUCCCUAGGCUAAGCUGGGCCUGACCCAGCAUCCUCUGCCUUCUAGGAAGUGCCCAGCAAGGGGGAAAGUAGACCCAAAGUGACUCCCCUUUAAGUCACUCCACAAGCAAUAGCUCCAUGAGAGAUAUGGACUGUGAGACUACUCCCUCCUGUUCCUCCUUCUCCAUCCCCCAUGGAGGAGGCAUUGCACUUUACCAAGCUGAUGCAUUCCUACAGAAGUGGGCCCUGGAUUUCUGCAAGUCGACUAUCAUGAUGACUUCGUUGGAGGAAAGGUGAUAAAUACAUAUGCAUUGAGGGCCUCAGCUUUAUGUAGUUCAGAAUGCAGCAAACUUUUCAGAAAGCCACGUAAAUAAAUUGGUUAGGUUCCUUAUACCAGUCACAUGGGAAAGUUGAAAAGAAUUGUAUAUUCUUGACAGUGCUUUUCCUUUAGCAUUCUGUCAAUUCAAAGAAGGGACCCUCUUUCAAAGGCUACCUUUAUGAAGCAGACACUAUUGCCCUCAGAAUGAGAGAAUAUUAAACUACCAGUCUGGUAAGCUGGAUUUUUUCCCUCAUGACUUUACUUCCUUGCUGUGUGACCUUGGGUGAGUCAUUGUCUUCUUGGAGCCUCAGUUUCCCUGUCUGUAAAAUGAGUUCUUUGAAAUAGAUGAUCUCUAAGGGCACCAAAUCUGGUAUUCUAAGGUUCUCCUGUUUUCACCGUCUAUAAUAGUAUGGGAUGAUUUUUGCUCGUGGAAGGUAUCAUCUGUGUGGGUUCUUCCCUCCUGCCCUCAAUUGUUUUUCUGGGCCUUGUUUUUUAGUUUCCCCAUGUUUUAAUCUCAUGGGGAUGAGCUCAGGGAAGCUCCCUGGGCCUGUUUCCCAAUCUGCAAAGUGUGAAGGGAUUAGAUCGGAUGGUCUCUGAGGCUCUUUGUGGCAUCAGCCUUGCCCAGUGCCACACAGCAUCUCUUGGCUUUCUAGGAGUCUAGGUGUUACGGAAAGUACCCAAGUCUGUGUAUCUCCUGUUCCUGUGCAUCUCCUAUGAAUUUCCUGGCAAGAGGAAGACUCAAGACUUCCUCCAGAGGAAUUUGUCUUCUCUGCCUUCACUCAGCAUGGGAACCAGUGUUCAUCCUGCCCUUGUCUGCAUCAGAUUUGGCAGUGAGGAGGCUUGGGGAGCACCUACCUUACUUUCAGGGACAGGAAUCUAUUGCUCAUACUUCUCCUUCCUAGAGUUUUGCCCAUCUAAAGGCAUUGUCAUGUGGCCUGCCUUUCCUCUCCACAUCCCCACCUCUGAUGCUCAAGAUGCUAUUUCCAAGGUCUCUUACUGCUGCUUCUCCUGGCUCACUGGCCAGAAACUAGCUCACUCAAGGCUGCCAUCCCUCACUUGCAGCCUCCCUGCCAUUCUCCUUCACUGGUUGGCAACCUUGAGAGUUCAAAGAAAAUCAGCCUCUGUGGUGGUCAACUAAAGGUAUUAGGAAACUAAGUCUGUGGCUCUUCUCUGCUGAUGGAAACAGAAGGGUGCCAAGCCAUGCCUAAAAAGAUCUCACCAAUAAUUCUUGUCUUUGGGUGUUGGAGCCCUGGAUUCUGGUGCUAUAGCUCCUGGUGCCAAAGUCUGGAUCUUUCCACACUUCAGCAGUACCAACAUCUGCUGCUACUCAAAAUGUCCUGUGGAAGAGGGACAGCUGUGAUGCCCUUUUGCUGGGGCUGCCAUCUUGAAAUCUGAGUGCAAUAGGAUUUGACUGUAACAGUUAUUUCAGGAUAUUUUGUUUCUUUAAUCUGCACACUUUCUAGAUAGAUUUUAUUUUUAAAUGUCCUCAGCAUUGCAGAAAAUAACAUUGUAUAGCAAGUAAAGGCUGGAGGCUAUUUCUCUGGGCUUCAAAUGGCUGGCAAGGCUGGCUCUCAAAUCCCAAAGUUGGGAGGCAUGUUUCUGAAAAGCAACUGAGGUGUGACUGUUUGGACCCAGGCCUCAUCAUCAGGGGUCCUGGAGGAAGCCUCCAAGUAGAGGGGAGACCUGGUAGUUGAAUACUUGUUUAAUCAAGCCAAAUAGUCCCACUGCCCCCGGUCAACAAACCCACUUUUAUGACAAGUUUCUUCCGCAGCUUGGCUCUUAAUUUUACCGGCAGGUGUAUGGUUGUUGGAGGGUUCCUAGUGAGUUGGAGGACCUGGCAAUAGAGCUGCUUGGUUGGCGCAAGUGGAGCUGGCUUAGUACCAGCAGCUGAUCUCUUCCACGUGCUGCUUUUUUUGCCACUCUGAUACUAACCAGAGAAAGCUGCAGGUGGAUGAAGAAGCUGUGGCUGUUUUUUGCUUUUGGGUGGCAAAUGAGAAAGAGUCAUAGUGUGGGUUAAAGGGAUCUGCAGUGGGGCCACAGAUGCCACCCCACCCUCAGCUGCAGGCAAGCUUGCACAUAAAUAACCCCCGUCAUUGGAGUGUUCGGGAUGCAGGGGGCGCUAUAGUGUUCUUGGACUUGUUGUCCUGGGGCAGUUUUAGUUCUUUAUAUUUAGUGGGUCAGUGCCAAGUGCUACCACUUCCCAAUAAAGGAAUGGGGACCCAGAGGCUGGGUCCCUCGCUACCUUGUUAUGAGGUUUUGUUAUUUCUCUGACAAGAUUGCUUUGGAAAGAGCUGCUUUUAGGGAUUAUUUUUUGAAUACCCUGAGUGGGGAACAGGGUUCUCCUCAAAGCCUCACAACCAAGAUCAUAGGAAAGGGGCCCUAUUUUCCUGCUGCUUCCCAGCUCAGAACAUAUACUGAAUGGAAUGUAUUUUUAAGAGAAUAAAAAGUCUAUUUUUUUGUAUUUUAAAGAUUGAGAGGGCUAAGAAAGUAGCCCUCAAAUAAACUGUUAUUGCAUUAUAGGCCCCUUUGUUGGGGGCAGUCUGUUGGUCCACACCUACUUGCUCAGGCAGGUGCUCUGGUCUCACCCCUGCCCCUUGGAGUCUAGGUGCAGCAGCUUCUACAUUCCUGCUCCAAGCAUGGGACCAAGGAGGCCGGAACCUGUUGCUGGAAACCAGGGCAAAGCAGUGGCUCAGGGCUCCUUGGGUGCAUGUGUAUCGCUGGAGCUGCCUGUCUGCAUGUAUCCUCUGGCGUGAAUGCUCUCUGUUGGCUCUGCAGUACAAUAUGUAACCAAUAAAGCUCCCUUGUUUCCGUAUACUCUGUGCGAGUCUGUGAUGCCAGUUUUGUCAGUGUCAUCCCUGUGUAUGUCUUCUAUGCAUUGGCGCAGCUCUAGUAUAUUUCAUUGUAUAGUACUUAAAAUUGGGUAUUUUACCUAACCAAUUACUGAUACUGCCAUUAACUGCCCUGAUCCUGGUAUGCAGAUUCUUUCCAUUACUGCCACGAAUUCUAAGACUCGGGGGGGGGGGAGCUUUCUCUGUUUUCAUCUUCCAGUCAGAUCACCAAUAUAUAUAUAAUGUCCCUUAACUCAUAGUAAGACUAAAACCAUAUUUAAGGGACAUUACUUGGAUUUGUAGUAACAGAGUUUAUCUGUCAGGAGCCGCUGGGAAGGAACCAGCAUGUAACAUGUUUUUAUCUUAUCUGGCAAAAGGGACUUUGCAGGUAAGGAUUCUGGGAUGAGGGACAGCAUCCUAGAUGAUCCAGGUGGGCCUUAAAUGUAAUCACAGGUAGUAUCCUUUCAAGAGAGAGACAAAAGAUUUGACUACAGGAGAAGGCAAUGUGAUGAUGGAAGCAGAAACUGGAGUUAUGUGCUCUGAGGAUGGAGGAAGGAGCCACGAGCCUUCUCACUCCUAGAAGCUGAAAAGAGCAAGGAAAUGAACUGAUCCUCCCUGCUCUGAGAGCCUCUAUAAUGAAUGCAGCCCUGUAGACCCAUUUUAGACUUUAAGCAUCCAGAACUUUCAAAUAGAUUUGUUUUAAGAGCCACUAAGUUUGUGGCAAUCUGUUAAACCAGCUGUUACCUAAGCCCUUGAUCCUAUGUAGUGCGCUUCCCAAAAUGUACACCACCACCUUUAGUAGAAUUGGGAAGUUUUAGCACAUACCCAUGGAGGGAAUCAGGAAUAAAGGCAGACUGGUCUCCCAAAGGCUCAGA